AUGGGUUCUAAUUCACCACCACCCAAUGAUCAGGAUGAGCUCUCCUCCCCGCCCGAGGAACUCGACUACUAUGCCAUCCUUAAUCUGCCGCGCUCUCCAGCUCCCACGGAAGCUCAGAUCCGGUCCGCGUAUCGCACCCUCACGCUAAGUUUUCAUCCGGAUAAGCAGCCGGCGGAGUUGGCGGACUCUGCGCGACGACAUUUCGAUCGUAUUCAGGAGGCAUAUGAUACGCUGGUGGAUCCGAAGAAGAGGGCUGUGUAUGAUGAAUUGGGUGUGCAGGGGAUGAAACAGGAAUGGGUGAUUCUUGAAAGAAUGGCCAAGGAUAUGAGGGUCGGGGUGAGGGCGAUGUCUGGGGAGGAGUUUCGGGGGUGGUUCUUGGAGGUGAUGAAGAGGAGGGAGAGAGCUGUGGUGGAGAGGAUGGUUGGGUCGAGGGGCUCUAUUACUAUUGGGUUCGAUGUCUCUAAUGCUGUGUCAUACGAUGAGGAGGAGGACGCCUUGUAUAUUGAAAUGCCGUCUCCGAAACCCUCGAAUUAUGCUCUGGGGUUCUCUUUCAAGGCGCCACUGCCGCGACUGGGCUUUUUCCUGGGGAAGGAAAGCGAGGAUGAGAAUGAGAACGAAAACGACGAGGAUCAUGAGGCCAGGAAACCGUUCAGAGAGUAUGGUGAGGAUACGGAGUUGAUGUUCAAUGCGGGCAUCUCGGGGGAGAUAGAGCAGAUGCACCAGGAAGCGAACUUUAAAUUCCCGGAUGGCAGGCAAGAGACUCACCUC